AUGACUUUCCAUCCCGACACUCUCCCCGAUCUCAAGGGCAAAAUAUUCAUAGUCACCGGUGGGAAUUCCGGCAUAGGCUACUCCACCGUAGCCCACCUAGCAGAACACGGCGCCCACGUUUACAUGUGCGCCCGAUCCCCAGGGAAGGGCACAGCAGCCAUCGCCAACAUCAAGAAAAUCCACCCCUCGGCCGCCAUCGACCUCCUGCAAAUGGACCUCAUGGACCUCACCAGCGUCGUCGCGGCCGCCAAGCACUUCCUCGCCCUCGAAACUGCCCUGCACGGCCUGGUCAACAACGCCGGCAUCAUGGCGACGCCCUUCGAGAUGACCAAAGACGGCCACGAGGCCCAGUGGCAGACCAACUACCUCGCGCACUGGGUUUUGACGGGGCACCUGCUUCCUCUGAUGCUGCGGACCGCCACGACGCUUCCUCCCGGCAGCGUGCGCAUCGUCAACCUCACAUCGUCGGGCCACUUGGGCGCACCCAAGGGCGGCAUCAACUUCAAGGACCUGUCGCUGAAGGAUAGCGGCCCGUGGGCGCGGUACGGGCAGAGCAAGCUGGCCAACAUUCUGCACACCAAGACCCUGCACAAGGCGUACGGCCCCGGCUCUCCCAGCGCGCGGAGCCGGGCGGGCGAGAUCUGGGUUUCGUCCGUGCAUCCCGGGCUCGUGGAGACGAACCUCGCCACGGCGGUGGGGGAGUCGGGGUCGGGCAUCACGAGCGUUCUCGCGGUCUUACGCAUGUGUGGGUUGUUAUGGCCUGCCGAUAAGGGGUCGUGGACCAGUUUGUUCUGUGCAGCGAGUCGGGAGAUGAAGGCGGAGCAGAGCGGCACGUACCUUGAAAUUUUUGGGCGGUUUGGGGAGCCGUGUUGGCAGAGCGGUGCGGCGAAGGAUGAAAAGCUUGCAGAGAGGUUGGAGGAGUGGACUGAAAAGGAAAUGAUGAAGGAAGGGUGGGUUCGGUAA